GAUGGCAAGCAACAAUUAAUGAACGGAACAGGGCCAACCAUUACGCUGAAGGAUAGGCCCAUGGUCAGCAGUGACGAUGGAUCCAGCUUCUACUGUGAAUCAAGUCUAAGUGGAUAUCCAAGUCUAUCAAACACAUCAAACGUGAUUGUAUACACAGUUCUGCUCGUGGAACCUGCUCUCCCCGUAGCAGCCAUUGCUGGUGGGACGAUUUCCGGUGUAAUUUCUAUACUUAUCGCAUGCCUAGUUGGAGUCGUUGUCUGGAAGCGGAAAGGUGUUAAUAAUGUGAAUAGACCCCCGGUUUGCGUACAGGAACUGGAUAACGCGGUGUUCUCUAACGAAUAUUUGCCGACGCGUCAAUCAGGUGGUGAAGCGUGGGAUGAAAACAUAUACGUGUACUCUGAGCCUAACGCCAUUCGUGACCCACAAGAUGAUCUAACCCUGUAUGAAGACAUUGGAGCCGGGAAAUUUCAAUCUGGUGGUGAAGCGUGGGAUGAAAACAUAUACGUGUACUCUGAGCCUAACGCCAUUCGUGACCCACAAGAUGAUCAACCCCUGUAUGCAAACAUUGGAGCCGGGAGAUUUCAAUCCGAUGAGACCAGUGGUGACUCGCAGUCAUCCUAUGCGAAAGAAAAUAACUACUCAUCACUUGAGCAGGGUAAAAUGGGCAUGCAGCCUGAAAGCGCUGUCUAUGAGAGCUUAAGAAAGGCGUUCUGAUCUGUGGGCGAAUUGGAUGACCGAAUGACAAUGCCAAAAGCUAGGGGAACAGCAUCCGGACCGUCGGCAGAGAAACGUAUUGAUUGUGUCUGGGCCAUGAUGAUGAUUCGAAGACUACAUCAGUUUAUCCCAGUCUUGAUAUAUUCAGGAUUAUGAGCGUUAUAGGACACCGUGAUAUCUUAUGUAUGAAAUAAUCAAAGACAGACAUUGAACUAUUUUCAUCGUUUGCAUUGGUAUAAUUGGCAUGCUACCUGGCCAGUAUCUACGAGAGUUUUGGAAAAUAUGGCGAACUAAAAUGGGGGGGGGGGGAAGUAAAGGAGGCAUAUUGAAUGACCAAAUAACAAUGCCGAAUCAGGUAAGGGCAUCACCAGAGCUGUAGAGAGAGGGUAACCAUAUGAAAUAGUCCGGUAAAGAUUUUAAAGUGAGAGUGAAUCCUACGUUGGUUUAUCCCAGACUUGAUAUUCAGUAGUAAAGAACGUUAACACAUUUUUUUGUGCUCUACUGGAUUUGUUUGAUUCGAUAUAUUCAGUAGAGCGGUAUAGCACGGACAAUCACCUUAUGUCACCAACAGUCUUUGAAUCAUAGACAAAGAUUGAGCUAGUUGCAUCAUUUGCAUUUGCAUUCUAUUGCCUUCUAUGGUUAAAUAGAUGGGCUGCCUCACAUCGAUGUCUAGGUGACUGUUCGGGGAAAUAAAGCGAACUGAAAAGGCAGCUGAAGAAGGGAGGCUUAAUGGUACCUGGAUUAGGCCGAGUCAGAUCAGGUCAUGAGCACCAUGACCCGUUGAGAUCGAGAAAAAAACGCCCUAUGCAUGUGACGAUACGUAUAGGUUUAAAGUGUGAUUGACUGCUAUAUGUCGCUUUAUCCCACAUUUUAUAUAUUCAGGCUCGUACAACGCCGAUAGAUUGGCAUGGUACAGAACAUUUUUCAC